UGUCCUUUUCCUCUCCAUCGGUCCCCGCGUUAUCGCUCGACGCAAAGUGGCUCCGUCCGAGCCUCUAAUGAAUGAGAAUUUAUUUUUUUGCUUUUGGCCCGAUCGCAUCUGCCGUUUUAUCAGGGGACGGCCGGUCAUUUCAUUAGUUAAUUACUUACAGUGGCUCGCGCGACUUGCCGACUCCGGUCUGCCGUCCACCGACUGGAUCAGACGACGCGCCGGUCUUGUCCUCUAAAUGGUACGCGGUGGCCUAAAUAAUAGUUUUGUUUACACGCGGAUCUUUAAAAGUGUGUAGAAGUGGUCGCGAGCGUCUUGAAAACCGGGCGCCACGGAGAAAAAUGUUCCUUGGGUGUAACCGUUCUUAAGAAGAGUUGUGAAAUUUUGCAGGAGUGAUAAUUCGAAACAUUAGUAAAAAAAAUCGAGUGAAAAGGAAAGCAUUCAUGUUGGAAAGAGGAUGGGAAUACAAACAGAUAUGCGUAACCAGAGUACCGGGUUAUGGCUUCGGCAUCGCCGUCUCCGGGGGCAGAGACAACCCCCAUUUCGCAUCUGGGGAUCCCAGCAUAGCCGUUAGCGACGUCCUUGCAUCUGGACCCGCUGAAAGGCUGCUGCAAGUAAACGACCGCAUCAUAUCAGUGAACGGCAUAUCGUUGCAAAACGUGGACUACGCUACCGCUGUCCAGGUGCUUAGAGAUUCCGGCGAUACCGUCACGUUGGUCGUCAAGAGGAGAACGGCCCAGCACAGUCACAGUCACAGCGCGUCCUUCAAUGGUCCCCCUUUGGCGGCCCUGGGGGUCAGUCCCCUUCCCGCCAAGGUAACCCUUACCAAAAACUCGAAGAAAGAAGACUUCGGCAUCGUGCUCGGCUGUAAGCUAUUCAUCAAGGAGAUCUCCUCCAAGGCCAGAGAUCAGCUGAUAAACACGAACCAAGUCCUGGAGGUGGGCGAUUUCUUAACGAAAUUGAACAACACGAACUGCAACGACGUGAUGUCGCUGAAAGAGGCGAAAAAGAUCAUAGAUAGCACCAAGGAUAAGCUGCACAUCACCGUGUCCAGGGAUUUCGGCUUCAACUCGAGCGUCUCACAUCAGACGCAGAGCUCGAUAAGUACGACGGGAGCUGUGAAUAAUUUUUAUAAAGGCGAUGAUUUCCUAACGUCGAGCCCCCAAAGCUAUUCCAACCAAAACCUGUACGUUCAGCCUCCCACCAGGAACCCCAACCUGAACCAGAACGGCGGCUUCGAGGAGAAACUUGAACAAAACAGCGGCCCUAACUCUUUACCAGACGAAAAGAGUAACCUCGCGCCACGAGGUAGAUCUCGAGGACCUUUAUCGGAGGCCAAUCUUAAUCAGUUAGAGAAUAGAAAUAGUAUUGCGGGUUACGGCAGGUCGAAGGGAAGGGAGGAACCUCCUAGGCCUCCACCACCAAGAGCUGAAGAUUAUUAUAGUACUAGGAGGCAGAUAUACGAAGACGAUCCUAUUAUUCAAAAAACGAAGCAGCCUAUACCCGACGCCAGAUUCAUAACAUUCCACAAAGAAGGUUCGGUCGGUAUUAGACUCACCGGUGGUAAUUUCGCUGGAAUUUUUGUAACUGCCGUACAACCCGGUAGUCCCGCUUCCCUUCAAGGUCUACAACCCGGUGAUAAGAUACUAAAGGUUAACGACAUGGAUAUGAACGGAGUGACCAGAGAAGAAGCCGUCUUGUUCCUGCUCAGCCUGCAGGAUAGGAUCGAACUGAUCGUGCAGUUCUGCAAAGAGGAGUACGACAGCAUCGUGGCCUCCCAGAAAGGUGACAGCUUCUACAUAAAGACGCACUUCCAUUACGAGAAUCCCGCCAAGGGAGAAAUGUCUUUCCGAUCCGGUGAUAUUUUCCACGUGAUCGACACGCUUUACAAUGGGGUCGUGGGGUGCUGGCAAGUCUUCAGGAUAGGUCGUAACAACCAGGAAGUCCAAAAGGGCAUAAUCCCGAACAAAUCCCGGGCGGAAGAACUGGCCACCGCCCAGUUCAACGCAACCAAAAAGGAAAUGUCAGCCAACGAAUCUAGGGGCAGCUUCUUUAAAAGACGGAGGAGCUCUAAUAGAAGAUCUAAAAGUCUGGGCAAGGAACACUGGGACGAUAUACUGUUUUCCGAUACCGUCUCCAAAUUCCCAGCUUACGAGAGAGUAUUGUUGAAACAUCCUGGGUUCACCAGGCCCGUGAUACUUUUCGGACCAAUAGCAGAUGUCGCGAGGGAGAAAUUGUUGAAGGACUUUCCCGAUAAGUUUAUUUCACCACAGCUGGACGCAACAGUGGAAGAAACCAGCUCAAAGCAUAAAUCCUCGACAAACUCGAAUAUCAUAAGACUGUCUGCCAUAAGGGACGUCAUAUCGACGGGAAAGCACGCCUUGCUCGACAUCACCCCCAAUGCGGUGGAAAGGCUUAAUUACGCGCAGAUGUACCCCAUAGUGGUGUUCUUCAAAGCCGAAACCAAGAUGGUGGUCAAACAGUUGAGGCAAGGUCUACCAAAAUCGGCACAUAAGAGCUCCAAAAAGCUCCUGGAGCAAUGUCAGAAGUUGGACAAGGUGUGGAGCCACGUUUUCAGCUCGACGAUUACUUUGAACGAUAACACAGAUACCUGGUACAGAAAAGUUAGAGAGAUUAUAGAUAAGCAACAGAGCAACGCCUUGUGGAUGUCCGAGAGCAAGGGAUAUGACCUAUAUUCCGACAUAUACUUCCCCCAAAUCUACCUCCAACCCAGAUCCACCAGCUCCCUACCUUACAGGCAACGCCAGUCCAGAAGCCGCCACAGGAAAACCGCCCUCUCCAUGUACAGUUCCCCACAAUUCAUCCACCGCACCACACCAUACACAUCUUGUUACGCCCCCUACGAAUAUUACCCCUACAUGUCGCCCGUACCCAGUCAGAGUACCCUCUACCAAGAGAACUAUCCAAAUCCCGAGGAAUCGCUAUCAGACGAUUUCCUAUUCCCAAUGUCAUCUCUUCGGCUUUCGUAUGCUAGUUCUCCAGAGAGCGACCUAGAGCACAGCCCCGGGCCGCCUACUUCUCCGGGACUGUCCGGAAACGGCACGACGGCUGGAAGGCUGACCAAGGCAAGUUCGGAUCCCAGCGUGGUUAUGCCCGAUUGUAGCACAACGGAUGUUCUACCGCCUUAUCAGCCCAAUUACGAUUCACGGUACGGCUUCGGCAACAACCAACAGCAACAACAGCCGCCACCAGAACUCCAGACACCCCCCACGGACUCACCGUUAACGAAAGACCCCUCCUACACCCUUUCCAACCCGGACAUCCCGUCGUCCCUCGAAGCACAAAACCCAUAUACGAAAAACGCUAAUUACAACGACAAGAACCCUAUUUACUCCUCCGAAACCUACCAAAAACCGGAAUAUCCCAAGAUGACGGACGCCAGAAACGAAUUCGGAUCGAGAAACGAUUUCAAUUCUCCGGAACGGAGGACGGAUUUCAGCGGGGAGAGAAACAUGCAGCAUAAACGGCAAGCUAGUACCUUACAUGGGGUGUACGGUCAUAGUAAAGGGCAUAACAUGGAGCAGAGUCCGUCGAAAGACGCUGUGUACGGACAGGUGCCCGAUCUACCGCCUCGGGUCGACAGAGCCAUCAAGCCCAUGGGGUUGCUGAUGACGCCCAGCAAAAUACCGAACGGGCGUUCUGCCCACGAGAGGCUUUUUGGUACGAAAGCAAAUCCGCAAGUUGAAGGCGCUGACACAAAUCCACCGGAUAAUAACAACUUUAAUAAUAACAACAAGGCAGGUUCGCUUGAGCGAAGCCAAAAUUCCAAAUCGGAUUCGCUCUCGAGCUACGACUCCUUCAACAAGCAGUCCAACACCCGGAUAGGUCCGAACGCUCACGACGAUCUAAAAACCACUCUCUCCAAAAUCGACCCGGCAGUGACCAACCUGCAGAACAGCCCUUCCAAGUACGGUUCGGGCCCUAGAUGGGAGCAGAACGUUCACCGACACGGGUCGAAGUUGGAUCUCAAGUACGGUCUGCCUCCCACCGAUCAGCACAGCAUGGACAACAGUCCCAGGAAUUCCAGGGAAAUGGACAAAGAGAGCAGCCCUAUGGACGCCGUGUGCCCUAGAGGGUCUGUGGAGAGGGAUAUGUACAGGUAUUCAAGAUCACCAGCGAAACAGCACGUUCCGGGAAAACCCCAUAUGGAGACUAAGACUGACUAUGGGAAAUACAGUCGCAACAAUAAUUCUUCCCACCACCCGAGCCAGCCUCCCCCGGAAUAUACGAGGAACUCCCACCAGGAUCUCAGGGAAUCAUCAUUGAGCAUACACCAGCAGUCGCCGUUGCGUAGCCCUCCGAUGCACCACCAAAACGGGUACGACAGCGGUCCUCCCAAUCACCUGGGCCCCCCGAACGGCAACACCUACAAGCCCGUACCACCGCCAAAGCCCAAGAAUUACAAACCUCCCUAUAAGCAAGGCUACGCCGGGGACGGCAUGGUGCAACCUCCGCCCGUCUAUCAGCACGGGAAGAGUCACAGCAAUCCUGUGGACCAGCGCAAUCAGAACAUGAACCUGUCCCCCCACCACAAUUACUACUACAACAGCCCGCCGAAUCAUAACUCGUACCACACGGAAACGGCCAUGCGCUACCCGGGCCACUACGACAUGGCACCCCCCUACCAAGAAUCGCCCAGGAGGCACCCGAGCAUAUCGUACGCCAGCAGAAGCGAGAUCACACCCAUCGCUCACCAGCACGAGAAUCCGUACGGCAUGGAACAUCAUCCGGGUGAAAUUUUGGACGCUAGGCCACCCGUCGUCGAUCUUCAGGGGUCUAGGGAGCAGAGGGGAUCGGCGUUCGAGCUGUACCGCAAGCCCGUCGGGCAUAACAUGAGGGGCUUGAUGGAUCAGCCGGCUUUUUAUGGAUCUCAGCCUAACAUAGCCCAAAAACUAAACACGUCGUCCGCUACUAACUCGCCAAAAAUAACGCCCAAACUAACAAAAGCCCAGUCGUUUAAGCACCAGAAAAGUGAGGGCUUCAUCACCCCCAAACUGUUCCGCAAGCUGUCCUUCACCAGGAAGAGCAGGGAGAGCACGCCCAAGAUGAACAAAAAGUUGUCGUUGCAAUCGGAACCCAUCAACGAGAACCAGGUGGUGCAGGAUUUUAAUAGGAACGCUCAGGAUUUCUCGAGACCCAGCAAGAGGGAUAUCACGUCGGCUAUUGUUGAUCACAAAGGGGCCGUUUUGGUUAACGAGUACUGGGGUGUGUCGUUGGAGGUACCCGAAGGCGCCAUACCCAAGGGACAGGAUAAACAGAUCUAUUUCGUUAUUUCCGAUCCGAGGUUGUGCGACAAUGCCCCGCCGCUAGAUCUCGAUAACGGUGAGACAAUGCUGUCGCCUCUAGUUAUGUGUGGACCGCAAGGUACUGAAUUUCUAAAGCCUGUGAUUCUGAAUAUUCCCCACUACGCCAACACCCUCCCGAGUCUAGGUAUAAGUUUGAAAGCGACGGAUUCAGAGCAAGACAUCCACACCGACUGGGAUAACAUCCUAUUGCCGAGCAACCACGCCGCCAACAGCGUAGCGGUCAAGGUCGAUCAUUUUUAAAUUUGUUACUUAAUUUUUAUUUUUGCUCAAUUGUAGCUUUGUUAAAAUUUGCGCCACUUUAGAAAUUUUAUGGACUGAAUUUAGAAAUUUUAGCGAGCUGUUUAUAUUCUAGUUUAAUAAUUAAUGUAAAUAUCGGCGUUUAGAUCUGUUUUUAUUCAACGAACAUGUACUUUGCAAUAUUUCUUGUGAUCUGCUUUGAACUUUUAAGUACGUUACUUAUAAUUGUUAAUAGUUUUUAGUCGUUAGGGUAUUAUGUUUUUAUUUUUAAAACUAUUGUAGGGUAACCCUUGUAUUUUAUUCUAAGUUUUUAU